AAAUUUUCAUUUUCAUUCACUCCAUAAAUACCUCUCUCAUAGUCACAGACCAACCCACUUCCAUAUUUUGCAACCUUUUCUCCUCACUCACAGGAUAACACCAAACAACUACAAAUACUCUCAUUGCAAAGCACAGAUGGAGUUUCCAAACGAAGCAAUAUCAGAAGGGUCUUCUCAGAAGAAAACGGGAAGAGGGAAAAUAGAAAUCAAGAGGAUCGAGAACACAACGAAUAGACAAGUUACCUUCUGCAAGAGACGCAACGGUUUGCUCAAGAAGGCUUAUGAAUUGUCUGUUCUCUGUGAUGCUGAAGUUGCCCUUGUUGUCUUCUCUAGCCGUGGCCGUCUCUAUGAGUAUGCCAACAACAGUGUUAGAGGAACCAUCGAUAGGUACAAGAAAGCAUGUGCUGCUUCCACAAAUGCUGAAUCUGUCUCUGAAGCUAAUACACAGUUUUAUCAGCACGAAUCGUCCAAAUUAAAAAGACAAAUCAGAGACAUUCAGAAUCUAAACAGGCACAUCCUUGGUGAAGCUCUAAGCUCUCUGAGUCUAAAGGAAUUAAAAAACCUCGAGAGUAGAUUGGAGAAGGGUUUAAGCAGAGUUAGAUCCAGAAAGCAUGAAACAUUGUUUGCCGAUAUCGAGUUCAUGCAAAAGCGGGAAAUGGAGCUGCAAAACCAUAACAAUUUUCUGCGAGCUAAGAUAGGUGAACAUGAGAGAGCACAGGAACGGCAAGCGGAUAUGAUGGGAGGAAGUGUGUGUGAGUCCAUAGCUUCAGAAUCAUAUGACAGAAAUUUCUUCCCUGCUGCAGUAAAUCUCAUUGAUUCCAAUUCCAAUCAUCAAUAUUCAUGUCAAGACCACACUGCUCUUCAACUUGUCUGAUAAGCUGGAAAGCCAUUUGAAAUUAUGCCACAGCCGUCCUAUAUAUCGUUACGUGUUUAUAGCUAAGUGGUGUGGGAGCCCAUACUUGCCUAAGUUUCGUGAACGAGUGCAUUUAGAACUUAAUUAAUUACUCUUCUAAAGUUCUUCCAAGAGAAAGCUAGAACCAGCAUUUGUACCAAUACAUCAUAUCAUAUUGUUUAUGUAUCUUCCGGUAUAUAUAGUUAAUUUCUAUUCAGUCCUACCAUACUGUAUUUUGUAUGUUUAGUUGGUCAUACUAUAUAUUAUGAAA